GCCUCACAACUCCUUUCAGUUCUCUCUAUUUCCAUUUCCAUUUCUUUCUCAAAUUAACCACAACUUAUAUUUUAUUUUUAGCAUCAGUUCCAUUUUUUCCCCUCGAAACUAAAGUUGCUUCUUGAACUGUAUGUUGGAAGGAGAACAUUCGAAACAUUAUCGAUAAAGAAAGAAGAAUGGAGAAUCAAAAUUAUCCACCGCCCCAUUCGGACGCGUCGCGGCCUUCACUUGGUUUCCCUCUGGGAACUGCGCUUCUAUUGCUAAUAAUUUUCAGCUUGAGUGGCAUCUUUUCUUGCUGCUACCAUUGGGACAAGCUUCGCUCUCUCCGUCGAUCCUUCGCCGACGGUACAGAUCUCGAAGCCGGCGGAGACCCUUCAUCUUUGAAAUCUAAACGAGCAUACAUGAAUUGUAAGCAAAACCAAAUCUCAGACAUGCCAGCAGUGUUAAUGCCUGGAGAUCAAGUACCCAAGUUCAUAGCAUUGCCAUGUCCAUGUCAGCCUCUCCGACCAGACAAGGUACUUGCAGAGGUGAAGCAGCAGCCGUCGUCUCCUAUAAAGCCACCUCCUCAUAUGCCAGUGCCAGUGCCAGUGUCAGUGGAUGUACCUUUCAGUCAAAUUCGUACUACUUUUUACUUGUAAAUAUCAAUGAAAUAAGAGUAAUUUUCCAGUACAUUUUUACUCUCGAGGCCGGGAUGUCGUAUAUGAAAUCUUUUAACGGUAAUUUGUAGUAAACAGUGAUGUGCUCGAACAUAGUUUCAUAUUUGUAUCUCAAAAGAAAGGUAAAAAUAUUCUUUAAAGGUACGAAACCUUUUGAAAAAAUUAUAUGACUUUGAUU